AUGCUGCCGGUCCGCCACCUCCGGCUCGCUACCUCGCUCAGCCGCCGCCUGCCGGCGGGCCGCCUGCCGAUCGCGCUCACGGCUGGGGUUGGCGCCGUCGCCCUCAUCACUCAUGCUGCAGGACAGCGGCGCGGUGCUGCGGACUGCUCAGCUGCGAGCGUGCCCUCUCGCUCGUCCACCGCUCUGGCGCGAAAGGAGAGCAGCGGCGCCGCGAGCGGCGGGCUGUGGCGGCUCACCAAAAUCCUGCUGCGCUGCCUCGAGCUCUUUGCCUUUCUCUGCCCCGUCGCGGCGUGGUGCCUGCUGCAGCAGCUGCCUCUCCUGGGAGGCGCCUUCUCGCGCGAGCGGCAGCUCUCGCUGCUCGUGUCGGCGCUCGCCCGCUGCGGCCCGGUCGGCAUCAAGUGGGGCCAGUGGGCCUCCACCCGGUACGACCUGUUUGAGGAGGACUUUUGCGAGGCGCUCGGCACGCUCACCAACGCAGCGCCCGCCCACGGCUACGCGCACUCGCGCGCCGCCAUCGAGGCCGCCUUCGGGCAGCCGCUCGGGUCGCUAUUCGACUCCUUUGACGAGAAGCCCGUCGCGUCGGGCUCCAUCGGCCAGGCACGGCACGGCACGCAGGUCCACCUCGCCAAGCUGCGCGGAGGCGGCGACGUGGUGGCAGUCAAGGAGGGCGAGUCGGUCGCGACGUACCUCACGCGCGCGGGGGAGCGGCAGGUGGGCGAGUGGCGGCAGGAUGCCAAGGGCGCGUGGUACAUGAUCGAGGUUGGCGAGACGGGGUCGGAGGAUGGGAUCCGCUACGCGGGCACGGCAAACGCGGGAGACAUGCGCUCGAGCGUCGCGCUGUGCGGCAUGCUCAUCUGGGACAACUACAUCCACGCAGACCUCCAUCCGGGGAACCGCUACCUCCUCCUCGGAGACUUCACGCCGACCGCGCCGCACAUCGUCUUCCUCGACGCCGGCCUCGCCGCUUCGUUCGACGAUCGCAUCUUCGGCACGGCGCAGUCCUUCUUCGACGCCGUCACGCGCACCGACGGGCCCGCCAUCGGCAAAGCCAUCCUCGGCCUCGCGCCGACGCAGCCGUACGCGCGCGAGGGCGGCCGCGAGGCCUUCAUCUCUGAGGUUGCGGCAAAGUGCACGGCGCAGAAGGAGGAGAUGGACCGCGGGGAGGGGCGGCCGGGCGACAACAUCCGCGCCUACAUGGACUCGGUCCGCUCGCACCGCGUCGUGCUCGACCCGACGGUGAUGGUCGCGCUGAUGUCGAUGCUCGUGCUCGAGGGGUGGCAGUACCGGCUCGACCCGGCCGUCUCCAUCUUCCACUGCCUCGAGGCCGCGACCGGCGGAGGCGUCUUUGGCACGCUGCAGAAGGCGAGCGCCCUCUACCAGUCCGUGGUCGGCCGCCUGACGGGCGAGAAGGCUGCGGCGUGAGUCAAAGACAUAGCCGAGCGGAAUAGGCGUAAGGCGAACCGGGAUAGAGUGGCGCAUAUAAAUAUGAUAUUAAACUGUCUAAUUGC